AAAUAAAUGUUUCUUUACAAAUCUGAAAGCAUUAUCUUCAAAUUCACUCGGCUUAGCAAAUUUUCUGCGGUUUGAAUUUUGUUCUCAAUAAAUGCGAAAUGCUAGUUCAGAAUUAAGCACAGUUAGUUGGUAACAUAUGGUUUCAGAAAUUACAAUAAAAUCUCAUUCCGCGUGAAAUAGCAUUAUUUAAAAAAUAACACCAGAAAAAACUGCAGUAUGAAAAAAUGCUGUAUUAAAUUAUCUGUGAGCAACUUCAGUAAAUGAAACAAUUUUAUCAACAUGAAUGAUUUAUUUUCUUUUUCAAGAUACCAUUAAAUUGAUUUACAUUACUAUUUAUAGUCUCGAUAAUUUUACAAUAAUCGUACUUAACAUCAUUUUGAUUAAUUUUAUCAAAAAAGUGGGUUUUUUUGAAUUUUUUUGUACUUUCAUAUUCUACGCGGACUGACUUAAUUUUUCCGAAAUAAUAAUUUCCUUAAUUUUGAAUUAACUUUGUUAAAGAAAAUCGAGGAAAGUGGCGUUAUCGUUGUCGUAAUUCUUUGAUUAUCACUAAGCUGAAAAUGAGCUGCAGUUUUGACACGUGUAAAGUGGGAGUCUGUUCAGUCGAGUCUGGUUCUCCGCAGUGCACCUGUUUCACUGGCUUCUCUGGCGACUUUUGCGACCAGAAGAUAGACAACUGCCAGAAUAGCACAUGCCCAGAAGGUACCAGAUGUCAGGACCUUAUUGCAACAUACAACUGUGUUCAAAUGGAAAUAGUGCCUUCAGCUGUAAAAAGUGGAGAUGAAAGCGAAGUACAAGCGUGGGUAUUUGCUCUAUUAGGACUAGGAACCAUUCUAGGCUGUAUUUUAUGGCUCCUUGUCUAUAUCAAAUUCAGCGGCGGUUCACUUCGAGACAAAAAGCCUUUCCCUCGUAAGAAAAAUCUGAAGAAACUCAAGAAAGGUAUCAAUUGGGAACAGUACGAGAAAUCUAAACAAGCCGAACGAUUGGCGAAGAUUAAUUUGUUAAACAAACGCUGGCUCAUUCCCAACGAGGAGUUUCAAAUAAGAUCUACUCUGGACGCCGGGGAGUUUGCUUCUGUUCACGCUGGACUUUGGACUCCAAGCGGAGGUCGCCAGAUUGCACUUAAACGUGCGAGGGAUCCAGAGAACCUCCUGGUAGUCGAGGAGUUGCAAAAUGAGUUCGAGAUCCUAGCAGAACUCACUGGUCAUCAGAAUGUUAUCGAGCUCCUCGGAAUUACGCAAAUAGAGGGUAAUUUGAAUAUAGUUUUCCCACUGUACCAUAGAGGGAAUCUGCAAACGGUUCUUUUGGAACUCAGGGAUUCGGGCCACCCAGACGAGGAUCUGGAAGCUGAGUCGAGACAGAAUUUGGCCCACAUACAGCGAAAUGGGGAGCAACUGGUCAUUUUUGCAUUGGAUGUCGCUCGCGGAAUGCGACAUGUCGCUUCGAACGGUUAUGUACUCCGAGACCUCGCAGCCCGCAACGUCCUCGUCGACAACCAAGGACGAUGUCGAAUCUGUGACUUCGGAAUGGCAAAAUCAACGAUCCCGAUUCCGGGUGAAAAGGCGGUGGAAAUGAGCGCUUCUGCCCACCAACUUCCAAUUUUAUGGCGCUGGAUGGCACCUGAAAGUGUCUCGGAUAACACCUUCAGUACGAAAACAGACGUGUGGCAAUUUGGAAUUGUCAUGUGGGAAAUUGUCACCCUUGGGGGACUGCCUUAUCCCAAUCAUUCCAAUGUCGAUGUGCUGACUAAAUGUGUGACUAACUCAUCCUACAAGAUGCCCAAACCUCUUCACUGUUCGAACGAAUGGUACACGGUCAUGACUGGAUGCUGGAACCGACCAGGGAUCCGGCCAUCGUUCCAAACACUCUACAAAGAUCUGAAGGCAAUCAAGAAGUCUGGCAAAGGUGUUCCACAGUUGGAAAAGUACACGCCUGAUAAAUACGUUACUGUCAGUCCGCCGGAAUGAAGUGGAAAUCUUUUAAAUCCAACUGAAGCUCUGAUCAAAUACUAAAAAACAGCUGUUAAAUUUAGUUGGAAUGAAAUCGAUAUGAUUGGUUUUGGUAUUGUGGAUCACGGAAAAUCAGAUUUAGUUUAAAUAUAUUUUAAAAAGUAUAAGAAGUUGGCACCCUUUAUGAAAAGUAUAAACUGAAUCACGGGUCAGCAAAGUCACCAGCGAUAAAAAUUGCUUUGGACAGGCAAGGGUC